UUUUUUUUUUUUGGGUCAGUCAUCCUUACCAGUAAUGGGAGACGGAAGGAUGCCGCGCGCACCUGGAAAUGGUGCCGUGACGAGGAGAGAGAAACACGAAUGGCCUGGAUACCUAGAGAUGGAUUUUCAUACAUUAGGAGGACGGAGAUUGCGUUGUCAAGCGAAUACCCUGGGCGCAGCAUGUCGUCGAACAUUGCGACCCAACCCACUUCUUUUUCGAGUCUCUUUGCAACAACAACAACUGGGUUUUUGGUUAUUAUUCCACGGUUGCAAAGAGGCGCAGCAAGGCCAGUCAAGCGUAUGAAAGGAACGAAAGAAGAUGGAAAGUCACUAGUAUUUUCCGGAUUUCCUGCCCCUUUCUUGAGAUACAGAGAGCGGGCAGACGUGGUGAUACACAAAAGGGAAAAGCCAGAGAGGAUGAGAUCAGAGAAGAAAAAAAUCAUAUGUUCAUGUUCAAGAUAGACAAAAAGACAAGAAGGGAAAACAUUUGAAAGAGUGAAGAGAAAAAAGGUGGUUGGAAAAAAAACAGAUUUGGAGUUUUUAUAUACUGCUGCUAGAAAGCUCGACUCAUUCCUAUAUCUAGAAAGAAGACAGGCGCUUCCUAUUUUGCUGCCA